AUGAAGGCAAAUAUCCUCGUACUCUCCCUCUCUGCCCCCCUGGCGGCUGUCGCUCAGACACUCUGCGGCCAAUACUCCAGCAACUCCCAGGGCGGCUACAUUUUUAACAAUAACAUGUGGGGUAUGGGCUCUGGAUCUGGUAGUCAGUGCACUUAUAUCGACAAGGUCUGGUCUGAAGGCGUCGCCUGGCAUACGGACUGGACUUGGUCCGGAGGCGAGAACAACGUCAAAUCCUAUCCGUACUCUGGGCGUGAACUCGGCACAAAGAGGAUUGUAAGCUCGAUUAAGUCAAUAUCCAGUGGUGCUGACUGGGAUUAUUCUGGAAGCAACCUCCGUGCCAAUGCAGCAUAUGAUAUCUUCACAUCCGCCGACCCAAACCACCCUACUAGCAGCGGCGACUAUGAAGUCAUGAUUUGGCUUGGAAGAUAUGGCGGCGUGUAUCCCAUUGGUAACUCCGUUGGCAUUGUCAAGGCUGCUGGCCGUGACUGGGCCCUUCACAUCGGCUACAACGGCGCGAUGAAGGUUUUCAGCUUUGUCGCCGCAAACCCUGUGACCCGAUUUGAUGGUGAAAUCAUGGAUUUCUUCUAUCUCCUCCGAGAUAUGCAGGGAUAUCCGAUGACCAGCCAAUAUCUUCUAACCUUACAAUUUGGCACCGAGCCAUUCACCGGAAGUGGCGCCAAGUUCAACUGCUGGUAUUUUGGUGCUACUCUGUCUUACUGGUAA